AUGACUUCUCCACGAUUGGUGUUUUUUUUGUUUCAAUUUUAUAAUAUAUUACCAUGUGUUAGUCCGAUUUAUCUUCAAACGUUUGUUAUCGGGUGCGUGGCUCGUGACCGUGUCAUUGAUACCAGCAGGUAUACGUAAUGUUUGUAGUUUGGUGAACAAAAUUAAAUUAAAAGAUAAGGUAAAUCUGGAAACUUUCUUUUUUAAUUCUACAAUACGGUUGAGACUGUAUCGUGCCGUGUCAAAUAAACUAUCUAAUCUAACACGACUGAGGAACCAAAACAUUGACUUACAUUUGCAGACGCGCAUGGUUUAUCAAGAAAGCACUUUAUAAGAGCAACUUUACAUUUAUAACUUCAUAAUAUAGUUGCCUAUGAGAAAUCAGAAGAAAGAAUUAUAAGUUUCCGUUAGACUCUACAAGAAAAUAGUUGCAUAUGUUUAUUGGAGCAUUGUUUUAAAUAUUUUUCGAUUGUACCCAACUUAUAAGUAAAGUUUCUUUAUUAGUAAUAAAAAUCCAGAGAUAGAAAACAAAAAAGUAGCAGAUAUCUUUUAACUAGAGAUGGUCGGGUUUGAUAAAUUUUAAACCCGGACCCGAAAACGUUGUUUUAGAAACCCGACCCGAAUCCGAGAGUUUUUUUUUUAGUUUUCGUUUUGCCUUUCUCCUAGAAAGGUAUAGCAAUCACUGGAAAAACCAAAGGUAUAAAAGUGGUCCCAAUGGCCGAAUGUCAUAUACCACUCGACUUCUUUCGACGAACUGAGCAUUUUCUGUAUGUAUGUGUGUAUGUGUGUAUAUGUGUGUAUGUGCAACUUUUUUUUCUCACUUUUCUCAGAGAUGGCUGGACCGAUUUUCAUAAAAUUAAUUGCAAAUGAAAGGUCUAGUUGCGCCAUAGGUUGCUAUUGAAUUUCAUUGCAAUCGGAUUGUAACUGUGUCCGUUGUUCAUAAAAAUGUGAAAUCACAUAAUGAAAGUAAACAUACUAACUUUCUCCUAACGGUCACUGGCUAAUUAAAAGGUAGAAAAAUGAUUGAAAUGGCCGAAUGUCAUAUACUACUCGACUCAAUUCGACGAAUCGAGCAUUUUCUGCAUAUAUUCAUGUAUAAGUGUAUAUGUUUGUGUGUACGUGUGUAUGUGCACCAAUUUUCGUACUCACUUUUCUCAGAAAUGGUCUGACCGAUUCUUUCUAUCUUGGUGUCAAAUUAAGGAUCUAUUUGCCGCUUUUCAUUGUAAUCAAACUUUUAGUUUUGGCGCUGCGUCAGAAUGUGAAAAUCGCUCUUAUAUCUCAGAAGCUAUGAACAUAGUUGAAUUCAAAUUAAUGGGCUUUAAACCCUUAAACAAUGAAUUUCAUGUGGUUUAAAAGUUAUAAAAAGAAACGUGUGUAUGUGUAUGUGUGUGUGUGACGCUCUCCCAAUCUCACUCGAUUUUCUUAGAGAUGGUUGAACCUAUUUCAAUGAAAUGAAUUGCAAAUGAAAGGUCUAGUUGCCUUAUAAAACCCUAUCGAAUUUUAUUGUAAUCUGAUUUCUAGUUUAGAGGUUAUGUAUCAAAAUGUAAAAGUCACGAAACAUCAAUAUCUCAGAAACUACACAACCGAUUUGAACAUUGGUUUCAAAUGAACGGCGACCUAAAAAACCCUUAACGUUUGAAUUUUAUGAAGAUUGAACUUGUGGUUCAUAAGUUAUGGAAAGAAACGUGUUCUGGAGACUAUUUAAUCUCACUCAUGUUUCUCAGAGAUGGCUGAACCGAUUUUCAUAAAAUCAGUGUCAUAUGGAAGGUCUUGUUGCUCCAUAAGAUCCUAAUGAUUUUUUGGCAAACGGAUUAUUACUUUGCAAUCCAGCUAUGAAAAGGAACAUAUUCCGAAGACUACUUGGACUCACUAACUUUUCUCAGAGAUGGUUGACCCGAUUUCCACAGAUUUAGUAUCAAAUGAAAGGUCUAGCUGCUUCAUAACACCCUAUUGAAUUUUGCUGUAAUCGGACUGUAACUUCGUCUGUAAUGUAUCGAAAUGUGAAAAUCACGAAACUUCAUUAUCUUAGAAACUACACAACCGAUUUAACCAAUAUUGAUUUCAGAUGAACGGGCUAGUUAAGGGUUAACUGAUGAAUUAUGAAUAAUGAAGACUAUUCAACAAUAUACCUGCUUUGAUUUAAAUGUGGUAUCGUACUAUCUGAACGUUCCCGGUAUCCCUCGUGAUUAAAUUGUUCGAAAUUAAAAGCCAUUUCCUUUAUUUCGCUAUUUUUCUUAAGCACGAACAUUACGUCAAAUUUCAUAUUUUAUACUUUAAUAACAACAUCAAUAUUUUAGGACCCAAAAAAGAAAUUGUAACCUUUGGAAAAGGUUCCACCGUAUAGCAAUGCUCUGGUGACAGUGUUGCUAUACUAUAAUCAGACCGAAUGUCAGUAAAUGUAAAUCCCCAUGCCAGAAAUUGUUUGGAUUAUAUAAAUAUAAAUAAAGAAUAAUUAAAGUCCGAUCUAAUUUUAAAUAUUUGCUCGAAAUUUAGAGGCCUCCGAGAUAGUGAGUCGUUACCACGUCGAUAGAGACACCAGUGCAAAAAGAUUCGAUGUGCCCUGAAAUGGGACCAUUCACUAUUACGGGCGGCCAAUCAGGAGCUAGUUAGCUUGCCGAAAAGGGUAACCGUAGGGAUGCUAGGCGACUUACUGCUGCAACUUUCAUCGGCGAUAAGCCAGGACAACAACCUAUGGUGGCGUGCAAAUCGUCGUUGUUCGACAGGCAGCGUGAUCGGCAAAGCCAGAGAGACUGGUGUCAGCCGAAGGUGCGAGGUUCAGUGUGACGUAGGCUGGAGAGAACCCGAUCGGGAUGAGGUUCCAGAACAUUCCAACGGGUAUAUAAGGAGGAUCCCAACGUGGGACAAAGAAGACCGUUUUAAACCAUCAAGAUUUUGCGCUAAUACUUCUAACACCAAAGUGCCGAGUAAGUCCGCAUGUGAGUCAGAGUGAUUUAGUGCCGCCGGUGCCGUAGGAAAGUGUACCGAUCGCCUAGAGCUCCGGCCACCCCAGCUAUCCGCGAAAGAAGCUCCUGGACCGUGUUAGGUUUCACGAGCGAAGGACCUGGAGAGCCACGUGCACCACUUCCAACAAGCCUCACCGCCAUCGCAGCCACCUCCACCGCCUCCGUCGUAGCCACCUCCAAAGCCAUCAUCGCCUCCGCCGCCACCGACCAAUAUACCUUUAUUGGAUUUAAGCAUUCAUUCAGCAACUCGACCUUUUCAAAGGCAUGUAAUUUUGUACACUUAAGGCAGAACAUAAAAUGGCUUGAGAUAUGUGAGAAUAUGAUUGCAUCGGCAUAUAUGGUAGCACAGAAUGAAGGACGCAUGGGUUUUGUCAAGUAAAACUAGAGAUUAUUUCAAGAGAAAUAUUAUAAAACUUAUGGAGUUAGAAAAUGAAAAACUGGAAACAAAGCUCGAAGUUCCUGCAGAUGAUCAAGUAAAACCAGUUGAAAUGUUAUCUCAGGCAGAGUCACAGAUCAGAGAGCUUACUGGAAAACUAGAAAAAGAAACAUUAAAAGUUCAGAAGCUAAAUAAAAGUCUCCAAGACAAGAAGCAUCGUUUAGAUAAACGAACAGCACAAUACAAUGAGCUAUCCGCACAAGUAAUGGAUUACAUCCAGGAUAUUGAUAAUUACGUGGAGUAUAUUCAAUAUUUGGAGCAAAUGUUGCCACAAUCGUCUAUUACAGAAGAUAAUUUUCUUGAAGGUUUCAAAACAUUCAAAAUAGAUUCUUCACAGGAGAAGAGCGAGGAAGAGUCAAGCCGCAUCAACAAAACAGUCUCAAAUGAGGAAAUUCAUGAAAUUAGUUCUAAAGUAACCAUAAGACGAUUAGAGCAAGAGAAUGGUGAAAUGAUAAAAUUACAACAAUGCUACCUGAAGCAAAUCAAACUUUUGCAAGACGAAAAUUACGACUUGACUGUUGCAGUGCAAGAGCUCUCAAAUAAAAUAGUGGCGCUCGAAGAGCAACUUGUUAAAGUAGAUAACACGAUCAGUGUUGAAGACACAGUUGAUGGCAGAGUAGCUACAGAUCUUCUAACUGCAAUAAAGGAAGAAACGGACCAAUCGCUGGUUUCUAAUGUGAGUACUCACAGAUCAAAUGCGGGGUCAUAUGGAAAAGAAAAUGAAUGCGAAAGUAGGAGCAAUUUAAAAUGUGAAACUAAUGACAUGGAUGCAUUAAAGAAUAAAAUACGAUCUCUUGAAUCAUCACUUGAAGAUUGCAUUGAGGAAAAGAGGUCUCUCAUAAUAAAACUGGAAUUAAUGGAGCACGAUAUGGAAGAAUCUUCCAAAAUUCGUGAACAUUUGGAUUACGAGGUGUCCUCCUUCAAAGCCGAUCUCGGAAACUUAGAACGCCAACUCAGCAAAUACAACCAAAAGGUUGGCCGGUUCCAAAAACAAAACGAAGAAUUCCAAAUCGAGAUCAGAGAUAAGACUGAAUCAUUACUGUGUAGCACAGAAGAACAACGUUUGUUACGAAGCUCAGUUAUCGAACUAAAUAAGCAACUCGAUCAUCGACAGAGGGAAGAAAACAAAAGCACUCAAGAAGCGAAAGGAGUUGCGCUUACAGUGGAUACUAUGAAAUUAGAGGUUCGAGAAUUGUCAUCCAAGCUUGGUGAUGCUAUUGAGCAGCUGAAAUGUUAUGAAACUCAAGUAAUUAAGCUGAAACAGGAAAAUAUACGUCUUCAUUCUCAAGCAGAGAUGUGUGGAAUGAAACAAACGAAUGAAACAGGAGUGAAAUUCACUGCCAAAGAGAUUGAAAUUGAUAAACCUUGCCUCAAAUGCUGUCAACGGUGUUCGUCGGAUUCAAAGGUAUCCCUGGAAAUAAAUGAACAACUGCAACCUGUCGUAAAGAAGGAGACAGUCAACUUACGCUUCUUCUCGAAAAAUCAGGAUUCUUCACCAACAUGCAAUAUUGUAAAUCAUAAGAAUGUCCAAAAUCAUAUGAAUAGCAAAUUGUUGGGAAGAAAGAAAAGUGAAACUUCUGAAUUUCUAAACAAACUAAAUGGAAAUCCUAAUAAUAAUUUUGAACCACUGGAACAUCACGGGUUACCAAUUGAAGAGCUUCCGAGUCAGUUGAAAACCUUAGAUGAUGUUGGAAACGAUUCACCGCAAUUAAUGAGGCAUGACGAGCUUCCGAGUCAGUUGAAAAUCUUAGAUGAUGAUGGAAACGAUUCACCACAAUCAAUAAGGCAUGAGACAAACGUCAUACGUGAGAAUGUAAGUAAGGAUCGCAAGUCACGAAGGCAGAGCAUUCACGAUAGAAAUCGUGAAGUUUACAUGAAGAGAUGGGUGCUUCCGCGUCAAUGAAAUGCGUUGGUCUUGACGGUAAAAAAAAAUUACGCAUAACAAAAGUUAAAACCAAAGAAGAUAAUUGUGAGUAGAACCUUAACUUUGGUUGACCCGUCAGUUGGCAACGCAAUCCCGAUUCGUUCGCUAGUAAAGUCAAAUGUUCAACGAUAUCACACAAUGUUUUGCG